UGGGCUAAAUCCAGACCGAUGAACACAUCCGUUACCCAGAGACUGCAUAUAAAUACAAACUUUAUAUUUUCUCCUCUACGGAGUCUCAUUUGGGACAUUUCUUUGACGUUUGGACCAACAACGUUUCACCAGACGGUCGGGGAAAAUUACAAACACGAGACAUGCAGCAGGUUUCAGAGAAAACUAAAGUUAAUUUCCAGGUAUCUCAAACAUCCGACCACUCACUCUGUCAUGCGAGUGAGCCACGACUUCCUGUCAUGUUUUAGGAACUCAGAUUUAUUUCUUCAUUAAAGGGAACAGAGACAUCGUUACACAUUCUGGUAAAAAGCGAAGGUCAUGACGUCUCAGCAGGUUUGGUGUUUCCUGCCAACUACAGCUCUUCUCUUCUUCCUGUCCGUACAAACAUUUGCUGAAGUGAUGGAGUCGGUGUCGGACUGUGACCGCUUCUUUCUUGACCAAACGCCACCGCAUGUUCCUGACAUCCUGGAGGGCGGGAGGAUCCUCGAUCAGAACCAGUACAAGCUCAUUUGCCAGACCUACGGGCAACAAAGGAGAUUUGUGACGCUUUACGAUGUGCAGAACCGGAUUCCGGUGUUUUCCGCUUUCAAGUUCACUGGAGGAGUUCCCAUAGGAAGACCCAAGAGCGUUUGGAUGAUAGAACCUCAGCUGGAGAACCCAAAUAGAGUCAAGAGGAUGAUCCCCGGAGAUACGAACAGAACCUACAACCACCAGGCCGGCGAUGUGGAUUACAGAUCCAACAGAACAUUUGACUGGGGUCACAUAUUUCUAGUUCCUACGCCUCAACCAAAGCGGACAAAGAGUCGACUUUCACCUUGACGAACGUUGUUCCCCAAGCGGAGUCCUUCAACAAAGGCAGCUGGAACAAUAUGGA